AAGCGUCGAGACUGCAUGGAACCGUUAUAGCUGCCGAGGAGUUAAGAAUUGAAAUGGGCCUCUAUAUUUUUUCAUCCUCCGGAACAGAGUUCAGUGUAUUGGGAGGGUAAAUGUAAGCUAUUUUAUUGUAAAAUAACACGAAUUAGGCUACGAUACAUUAUUAUAGCAAUGAUAGAAACCAACGGCGUGAAGGACAGCGAAGCCACGUAGCCGUGCUGCAUUCAAACAGCUAACUGAUCUAGUGGAUGAAGACGUGUCUCCCAGACUACUUCAAAGGCUUUCUUUUUUUCCAUACAUCGCCAAGACGGCGUCCAUCGCACCCUUCUUUUAUUUGACGGAGCUUCUCAUUUGGAAUCACGCCAGACCGCAGCCUGCAGAAUCAGGGCAUAUAUUGUCACAUAUGAUGUCAGCGUCGAAAUAGCCUAAGGAAUCUAUAGUCUAUUGAAGAAAACGAAGCGAUAUUCGUGUCGAAUUUGAACGAUUUGUUAAAAUGUGUAUUUGAUAUUGCUUAGAAUUGACUAGCUCCACGAAGCUGUAGCUCUGUGUUGGUUGUGACAGAACGUUGUUGUCGAGGGUCCAUGCAAUACUUGCAGUGGAAACAUGUGUGGCUACUUCUCUAAACGGAUCACUGCUAUCAGAGAUGGCAUUUUGGUCCAGUACAACGGUUUUUACCUCUAAAGUAUCCCGGAAGAUCAUAUUCAUGUUUACCCUAUCCCUCUCUGUCACCUACCUUUUCUACAGCUUGGUUAACUGUUAUACCUCACUACAAUUCCCAGCGCAAGAAAAUUAUGUAUAUCAAGGCAGGCCGGUGACUGACGAAACGACUUUUAUGACAUUAAGGGGGAAACUUUAUUCCACGUCACUCCAGGGCGAAUUAAUAGAACGCACAAGCAGCGAACCAACUAUUUUUUCGACAAAUCCAAACGAUGUUAAAAUCGAAGGGCGGACAGCAGAAUGGGUUAGAACUGACACGGCUCCUACUAACACCAUCGCGAUGGUACAUACGGCAAUUAUGGACCAGCAGCACCAAGGAUUCAGCACUACGGACAGCGUCUUCAGGACCUCUAUGAACAGUACCCCUGAGUAUGGGGAAAAAAAACUGCCUCAAGCUAUUAUAAUAGGGGUGAAAAAAGGAGGUACUCGAGCUUUACUUGAGGCUUUAAGAGUUCACCCUGACGUUCGAGCUGUGGGCAAUGAGCCCCAUUUCUUUGAUCGGAAUUAUGAGAAAGGGCUGGACUGGUACAGAGACUUAAUGCCCUCUACAUUGGAUGGCCAGCUGACAAUGGAAAAGACGCCAAGCUACUUUGUAACAAGUAAUGCACCUAAGAGGAUAUACUCAAUGGCAAAAGACAUCAAAUUGAUCAUUGUUGUGCGUAAUCCUGUCACCAGAGCCAUUUCAGACUACACCCAGACCCUGUCCAAAAAGCCAGAGAUCCCAACAUUUGAGGUUUUAGCUUUCAAGAACCGAACACUAGGACUUGUUGAUGCCUCAUGGAGUGCCCUGCGGAUUGGUAUCUAUGCAUUGCACUUAGAGAGUUGGAUGCAGUACUUUCCCCUCUCUCAGAUGCACUUUGUUAGUGGAGAGAGACUUAUUGUUGAUCCAGCUGGUGAGAUGACAAAAGUACAAGACUUCUUGGGACUAAAGCGCAUUGUUUCAGACAAACACUUCUAUUUCAAUAAAACCAAGGGAUUUCCUUGCUUGAAGAAGCCAGAAGACAGCAGUGCCCCACGUUGUCUUGGAAAGUCAAAAGGCAGAAUUCACCCAAGAAUAGAUCCUGAUGUCAUUCACAGACUGCACAAAUUCUACAAGCCCUUUAACAUGAUGUUCUACCAAAUGACAGGGCAGAAUUUCCAGUGGGAGUUUGAGGAGAAUGACUCACAGGGUUCCCAGGACUAGUUAACUACAGAGAUUCAUAGCAAUACCACCAGCCUUUCCACACCAGAGUCCCAUCUUGUGUUAUUCCUUGAAUGAUUGCUUGCACACAUAAAUGACUCACAGCUGUCUUCUCAAUGUGUCUGUAUUCAUAUGAAAAGUGUACAAUGUGAUAUGCUAAUCACACUCCCUUUGUUCAAAUUGUACUGACUGAUGGCAGAGCUUCAUGUUCAUGUAUACAAAAGAUACACACAAACACAACUAUAUAUAUAUAUAUA